UCAAACGUGUGUGACUGUGCUAGUAUUGGAAAGAUGGCGGCUAGUGCAUUACGUCGAGGGUUGUUGAGUAGUGUCAGUAAAUACAACAAGAAGCAUGCUCACAGAAUACUGAGUGUCGUUGACACCAGCUGCGGGUUCGAGGCAUACAGACCGCGGUUACUAUGCCGAGCUUGCAGCCUGCCUGACGGUGUUCAGCAGAGGAGGUUUAUGUCGUCACGGAACAGGCCUGAGGGGAAGAUUCUAGAGACUGUGGGAGUGUUUGAGGCUGUGAAGCAGCACGGCAAAUAUGAAACCGGACAGCUGUUUCUCCACAGCGUGUUUGGCUACAGAGGCAUCGUCUUGUUUCCAUGGCACGCCCGCCUCUAUGAUCGAGACAUCACCCCUCCCAUGUCUGACAGCAAACCUGAGCCCCCAGGGGCCCACGGCUCCAAGGAAGUGAAGGGGAAGACUCACACUUACUACCAAGUCCUCAUUGACACCAGAGACUGCCCUCAUAUAUCUCAGAGGUCCCAGACGGAGGCAGUGACGUUUCUGGCCAACCACGAUGACAGCAGGGCUCUGUACGCCAUCCCAGGUCUGGACUAUGUGAGCCAUGAAGACAUUCUGCCUUAUAACUCCACAGAGCAGGUCCCCAUCCAGCAUGAGCUAUUUGAGCGCUUCCUCAUGUACAACCCUUCAAAAACUCCUCCAUUCACAGCCAGAGACACCCUUAAAGCAUGGCAAGAGAAGAACCACCCCUGGCUGGAGCUCUCAGACGUCCACAGAGAGACAACUGAGAACAUCAGAGUCACUGUCAUCCCCUUCUACAUGGGAAUGAGGGAGGCCCAGAACUCUCAUGUUUAUUGGUGGCGCUACUGUAUCCGUCUGGAGAACUUGGGCAACGAGGUGGUUCAGCUGAGAGAGAGACACUGGAGGAUCUUCAGCCUAUCAGGAACUCUGGAGACGGUCCGAGGACGAGGUGUCGUAGGCAGGGAGCCGGUGUUGUCUAAAGAACAGCCAGCCUUCCAAUACAGCAGCCACGUGUCUCUACAAGCCCCAAGUGGUCAUAUGUGGGGAACGUUUCGCAUCGAAAGAACUGAUGGUUCCCACUUUGAUGUCCGCAUUCCUCCCUUCUCCUUGGAGAGCAACAAGGAUGACAAAGCGCCUCCUGCUGGCUACACAUUUUAAGUGUGUGCUACCACCCUCAAGCCCGGGAUACGCUGCCAGUCCUGCUUGUGUCAUUAUCUAGAGUUGCCCCUGACUUGUAACAUUGCUUCAGCCUUCAACCUGAGUCUAGCAUCAGGAAAGCUAAGCAAAGGGGAAAUUAUUAGCAGUUUCUAGAUUAUCUAAAUGCAGGCCCACCUUGCGUAUUUUCUGC